AGUCAGCAUCUCUCACUCUCCGACCUACAGCACAGGACUAAGCUCUGCCCGACAGAAGACCAUGUUGCUUCAGAAACUGCUUGUUUGGAUCCUGUCAAUCCUGUGUGGCACUGAUUUGUGCUGGGGGUUUGUCUAUGACCGGCCCAAGCGCUCAGGAGAGGAUGGGACUUCAGGCAGGACAGAGUCCCGCUCUUCAUCUCAGUACGUGCCAACCUCCGGCUCCUGCAGGAACAGGUGUUUCGAGUUGGCCGAGUUGGAGCCACCAAACUGCCGCUGUGACAACCUGUGUAAGACCUACAACGGCUGCUGCUCCGACUUUGAUCAACUCUGCCUCAGAACAGACGGGGGUUACGAGUGCAGUAAAGAUCGAUGUGGGGAGACUCGAAAUGAACAACAUGCCUGCCACUGCUCUGAUGACUGUCUGGCCAGAGGAGACUGUUGCACCAACUACAAGACACUGUGUAAAGGGGACACUUCAUGGCUGCAAGAUGAGUGUGAGGAAAUCAAAACAUCUGAGUGUCCUGCUGGGUUUGUGCGCCCACCGCUCAUCAUGCUGUCAGUGGAUGGAUUUAGAGCUUCUUAUGUGAAGAGAGGAAACACCGUCAUACCCAACAUUGAGAAACUGAGAACAUGUGGAACCCAUGCUCCAUACAUGAGGCCUGUUUACCCCUCAAAAACCUUCCCCAACCUCUACUCAUUGGCUACAGGUCUCUACCCAGAGUCUCAUGGUAUCGUCGGUAACUCCAUGCAUGACCCAGUGUUUGAUGCCACCUUCACCCUGAGAAGCCGAGAGAAACUCAAUCAUCGCUGGUGGGGAGGACAGCCAAUCUGGAUCACAGCGCUCAAACAGGGAGUGAAGGCUGCCUCUUUCUUCUGGCCCGUGAUUCCUCUGUGCACCGGGGUCGCAGACAUGCCACUCUAUAGAAUCAUGGGGGCCAGCGUGUGGUUCACCAUGCUUUUCUUGCACUUGGUGCUUACAGAGUGUAAAAAGGCAGACCAGCACUUUAAGCCCUACCUGAAGCAGCACCUGCCUAAGAGACUGCACUACGCCAACAACAGACGCAUCGAAGACAUUCACCUGCUGGUGGACAGGAAGUGGCACAUUGCCAGGAAAGUACCCGAAGGGAAGCGCCACUGUGGCUUCGCUGGUGACCACGGAUAUGACAAUAAGAUCAACAGCAUGCAGACUAUUUUCUUGGGGUAUGGUCCUACAUUUAAGUUCAAGACUAAAGUUCCAGCCUUUGAAAACGUUGAACUUUAUAACGUCAUGUGUGAUCUUCUGGGUCUGAAACCAGCUCCCAAUAAUGGGACCCAUGGCAGUCUGAACCACCUGCUGAGAAGCCCCCCUUUCAGACCCACCAUGCCCGAGGAGGUUUCCAGGCCAGUAUCCUCUGGUGUCGUUCCUGCAGGAACGGACGACCUGGGCUGCAGCUGUGACGACAAGUUGCGUGUAAAAAGUAGGGGCCAGAGAGGUUUGAAAGUGACCCUUGUACGAGGCUAUAACCUGGAGUCACUCUGGCUCUGUCUCUUACAGAACAAAGUGGAGGAGCUAAACCAGCGACUGAGGCAAGCUAUUGAUGACAGCAGGAACUUGCCUCAUGGUCGACCUGCUGUACUCUUUCGUACCAAGUACUCCAUCCUUCACCACAGUGACUACAUCAGCGGCUACAGCGAGGCGCUCUCUAUGCCUCUCUGGACAUCGUACACUGUCAGCAGACAGGUAGAAUUGUUUCCUCUGCCUGAAGUGCUGUCUAACUGUGUGAGACCUGGCAGAGUCCCUCCAGCCUACAGUCAGUCUUGUACCAACUACAGAGCAGACAAACAGAUCACCUACGCCUUCCUGUACCCACCACAAUUGUCUUCGACCAUGGACAAAAAAUAUGAUGCUGUCCUCAUCACCAACACCGUCCCCAUGUAUCCUGCGUUCAAGAGAAUAUGGAGUUACUUUCAGAGAGCUCUGGUGAAGAAAUAUGCCACUGAGAGAAACGGAGUGAAUGUGCAUGGACCCAUAUUUGACUACGACUAUGAUGGUGUCAGAGACUCAGCUGAGAAGAUAAGAGAGUAUGUGAGUGGGAUGAUACCCGUCCCCACACACUACUUUGUGGUCCUGACCAGCUGCUUAGAUUUCACACAGGCUGCAGACUCGUGUAGCGGCCCGCUCAGCAGCGCCGCCUUCAUCCUGCCUCACAGAGCCACCAAUGACGAGACCUGCAAUAGCUCAGAGGAGGAGUCCCGCUGGGUGGAGGACCUGAUGAAGAUGCACACAGCUCGAGUUAGAGACGUGGAGAUCCUGACGGGCUUGGACCUGUACCGCAGAACAACCCGGAGCUAUGGCGAAAUCCUCUCACUCAAGACCUACAUGCACACCUACGAGAGCGAGAUCUGACCCCUGCUGGCUCUGUGAACGUUGUUGAUCUUUCAAACCGUGGUGGAAGUAUGUGGUACAAGGCAGAGAUGUGAUCAUCUCUAUCACACUCAGCUUCACCAGCUGUAACUGUCGCGGGCUGCUACAGCUGCAGCUGUUGUGGCCCUUUCACUGAACAUUUGCUUUAAUCUCAUUCAUUUAAUUCCUGCUGUUAUGAUACAGCUUCAACACCACUGAGAUAGUAGCUAUAAAAAAACUCAAGAACAACAUGGCCCAUGCAAGUGCUUAGUUUUUCAUAUUUCACUAUACACUUUUCAUAAUUGAAUCCAAACCAGUCAUUAUUUGUCAUAAUGUGUAAAUAUCAGAAAGACCAGCAAUCAUCAUUUGUCCUCCAAGAUUUCUCACAGAAAUUUGCUUUAAUUAAUCUCACAAUUUUGCAGAAAAGUUCUCUCUCUAACAUGGCCAGAUCAAUCAGUCAUGGGGUCCCUGUUAGGCCCCUCAGACAACCUCCAUUCUCUGUGCAUUGUCUGUUUGAGCCUUGAGAUUGAUAUUUACUCGAGAUUUUAAUACAAGGGCCAUGAGAUCAGAUAAUAUUGCAGUAGUGAUCUGGUGAUAGUGUAUUUUAGUAAUGCAAAUUCCAAAUGCAUUUGCAAUUUAUUCAUUUAUCGUAAACAAAAGGACAUACAGUGGAAAGUGGUCAUUUCAUAUUACUCACAAUCCCAAAUACUUUAUUUUUCAUCUUCUAGCAGUAUUGCACAUAGGCCCUCCAUAAAGUCAGUUACACAUGCAGCAUGCUGCAGAUGUAUCCCUAAAAGCAGGAACGGUUUUUGUACAGUUUAUAAACAUACAAAUUAUUUUCUAGAAAACGAUAUUCCUUCAAAAUAAGUAUUUUAAAGUGGUUAAAGAAUAUUUAAUUGCACUACAAAGCCAUUGACAGACUCAGUUCCAGACUUCACCUCACUCGGCACUCGGAUUGUUAAACUCGUGCACAUUUCAGUUUCCUUUAGACAUCGAUCCACUUUGUUUGACUCAUUACACUUUGCA